UCAGAAGUUGUGACCUCUUUUCAAACCCUUUUCUUUGCAGCUGGCGGUGAGUCCUUUCCUUACUUUUGGCAGUUCAAAGAAGAAGAUUCCUAUUUGUGGAAGAACUUCGGCCCUUCUGACGAUGUGGCUUUGGAAAAGCUCUAUUGUGACGUGAAUAAUCUGCAAGUUACAUUGAACCUUACCGAUACUGCGUUGAGGUAAGUCACUGAGGUUAGACAGGAAGAGCAAGAGUGAGAAUCUCACUGUUUAUAAUGAGAUAACAGUUUUGAGUUGAGCUGUGGGGGAAUGCAAGAAUUGCGAUAACAGGAUUCCGCAUGUAUCAUUUAUCAGCAUGCAACAAUGAUAAUUGGUGAACGUUGAUAUUGAACGGCUUUGAAAUGUUAGUAUUUAACCAUGAAAAAGUCAAAAUUUUGAACAAAAAUUAUUUCAGUCGGGUUCUAAACUUAAGAAGGUUUGAUUUUGUACUCUGAUAUUCCAGCUAAGAGUAGUUCCUGAGAAGGACUGUCCUUAGCAGCGACAAAUGUUUCAACAACCUGAGCGCUUAAGGCGGUUCCUUGACUCUGAUAAUGUUCUUCCUAGAGUUAGGUGAAGACUUCCACCAAGUUGUCUAAAUUUUAUUAGCUACAAAUGACAACAGUCCUCUUUAGGAUUACUCUGCAGCGGAUAAUCAGAAGAUAAAUACGAAUUUUUUCUUAGGGGUCAAACCAUUUAUUUAUAAGAGGUUCAUCAAAGUAAUGGAAAGAUUAUGCAAGAGCUCAUUUCUAGAAACGUAUUUCAACACCAUAAUGUUUGAUAGAAUAUGACUUGUAUUUAUUUAUUUGAGUGGAAAUAUUUCGGCUAAAUCGCUCGGCCCUCAUCAGUUUUUUGAACUGUUAGUGGUUGUACAACAUUAAACUACGUAACCAAUUGCUCAAAGCGACGCCAUACUGCUCAAUGUUGUGAAAUCACAGACUCUCCAACAGAUUAAAGAGCGAUUCAGCUGAAAUAUUCCAACGGGAUUCAAUAAGUUCCGGUUAGCUUUUUUUUUGUAUCUCAUGUCUUCGCUGCGUGAAAGUAACAUGUUUGUUUCUUUUUCAACACUGUCUCACCUCGAGGCCCAGGCAAAUUAUUUUUCAUUAUCUUUAUCAUAAUUUGAAACGAUCGCUCCAUUGUCGUUGGAGUAAUACCGUUUUUUCUUCUUCUUCCUAGUGCGUCAUCAUCACAGGUGACAGUUCAUUUCGAGGAGAUGUCCAUGCGCUCGCCCCCCUCUGCCCAGUUCUUGCUCCGUCGAUGCUCAACACCAUCUUACAUACAGGAGCCAAACAACAAGUCAUCCACACAGUGGGUCUGGUAUUGGGCAGACAACGAUGGUUGGAAGAAAUACACUGAAACGAUGGUAAGUAACAGUCGGGCGAAAUAUCCUGUUAUAGUAUUAUUCGAGUGGCUUUACCGUCAUUUUGUUUCUCAAUUGGGCCAGGAGGGUUUUUCAUAACAGAACGCUUUUACUUGAAAAUUGGCGAAAGUCUUUGUUUGAUAGGGUCUGAUCGUGUGGUCUGAUCUUCAAGUGGUCCCUGAAAAGGACUGUACAUAAAACAACCAUAACACUAUGGCCACUGGCUUCUUGCUGAUGGGAUAAAAAAUUGGGAUACUGGCCGGGCAACUGACCUCUUAUUAAAGUGUGCUAAUGCAAUUAAUAAGUCAAUAAAUAACAGGGUUAAAAGACAAACGAACAACUGGCUCGUGAAUACAACUUUGGACUCGCGAUAUUUAUGCAUGUGGCAUUAAGUUGUUUGCAAACUGAACCAGAGUCAAGACAGACCUAGAGUUCUUUAUCUACUCUUUUAGCAGUCGUCUGGGACAAAGCAAGAACAGAUAGAGGCUGCCUAUUUAAAUGGAGAAGGCUUCUAUCCCUUUCGAAGCAGUUCUCACAAUUACAUUCUAACAUUCUACGAAACGCCUAUGCACCAGAUAAAUAUCGACCCGAACUUUCAGACCAGGCGGUUCGUAAGAAGAAGACCUGUGUUUGUUUCAAAACCAGCUUAUCGCGCCACAAAGAGGUAAGUGAACGUGGAUUGUGCUGUUGCUAUUAUCACUUACUAAUGUAUAUGCAAUUAGAGAUAGAGGGACUCGCUUGGCUCAAUUAACUUGAAGCGUUGCAGUCAUGAUUGUAAUCUGAUGUGAGGGGUUUUGGGAUUCGUUGUGUGGUAAGGUCAUCACCAUCAGGUAAUGAGCCUGCAUACCUGUUAAACAUCACGAUUUGAUGUUUCUUAAAGGAAUAAAUCUGCGUCCUCUCAUCUCAAUCAUAAGCGUAAGGCCUUUCAUGUUCCUCUAAUAUGUUCCGUUUUUAUUACAUUUUUAGUUAUCUGAGAGGCAAGGCUAAAGAUUUUGAACGGACUCGUUUGAAAAGAGAACCGCAAAGAAUACCGAACCGCGAGUCAACGUUUUCACGAAACAAUACCAGAAGACCAGGCCUACAUUGUGAUGGUGGAAGAAAUUUGGAACGAAGAGUUACAUGAGAGAUACGAAAGGUGAACUUAUAAAACGGUUAAUAUUGUUUAUAGACAGGGAUAAGUGUGUGAAGAACUUGCAAAGGACGACUGCACAUCCUAUAUCUGAAGCUGACUUCAUAUUGAUUUAGUUUUUUUGUUAUGUUUUCAUUACAUCUAAGUGAAGUUUGGUCCCUUAAAAUCGGAGCUUUACAAAAACUAUAAAAAAAAAGAAGAAAAUGAAAAAAAAGCUCGAGGGUGGAAAAAACUAAUUUUUUUUCUAAUCAGUGACGUCAAAAAGCUGUGUGAUCUUUUUUCACACUGCCCUUCGAAGCAUUUUUGCAUACUUUAUACUUUGGACCGAGGAAGUGCUUUUUGAUCAUAUCACUCUUUUAACGAUUACAAGUAAAAUUGCCGCAAAAGGAAAUUUUUCCUAAUUAUUUUAUAGGUGGCUCAAGAAAUUAAACAGACCACUUUUAUCUGUUGCCGAUGAUGAUCCGGUAUAAAACAGCGAACAAUGAAGAUGGCCUUAAGCAAUUAUAGUUUUCUCAACUGAGUAUAUGAUCUGUACUGUUUGAGCAAGCGCCUUGGAAUUAAAUAGCCCCUCAACCUUUUCCAUUGUAAACGUUCAUUGAUUAACCCUGCUUUAAUCGUUUCUUCAUCUAGUAAGCGGAAAAGAAUAGAAAGGAAACUGAAAGCAAAAAAGGAAGAUCAGAUAGAAAAAUUGCUAUUCCAUGGUACUUCAUCAGAUGUCGUUGAUGCCAUCUGCAAGCAGAACUUUGAUCACAGAUUGCAAGGAAAGCAUGGGACAAAGUAUGGAAAGGGUAGCUAUUUUGCUGUAGACGCUUCCUACAGUAAUAACUACAGCGGUCUAGGUGGGGAUAAGACGAGAUUCAUGUUCCUAGCAAGAGUUUUGACGGGGGAAUAUAAGCUUGGAAUGCCAGAUUUUCGUCGACCACCUCUGAAAGUUCCAAACGAUCCUGCCAGCGAUUUGUACGAUUCAUGCGUCGACGACGAAAAUCAACCAAAGAUCUUUGUCAUAUUUAAUGACGAACAAUGCUAUCCUUCUUAUCUAAUUCACUAUCAGCUGCUAUAG